UCCUGUUCCUGGAAGUUCUAUGUGAGAGCUCAUGCGUUAAGACGCUGUGUGUGUGUGUGUGUGUGUGCGUGCGUGCGUGCGUGUGUCUCUGUGUAUAUGUGUGUGCGAACAAGUCCAGCGUUCGGAUCUGGAUUCUAGGGAAUCAGUCGGGUGCUCGGAUGGUCAGAUGGUCAACUUUCUCCAGUCUGUCCUAAUGGAUCAGUGAAGGAUAAGAGUCGGUUGGCACGUGGCGGCUUCCGGACGCUGGUUUACGCAACUGACGCAAAGUGGCUGCACUUUUCUAUUGAGAAUGUAAAUCGAUCGUUGCUCGGAUGGAGAAUGCUUCCUCUUCAAUUGCAGUUCUUCCGUCCUGCACCUACAAUGAGGAUUUUAAGCGUAUCCUCCUCCCAGUGGUCUACAGUGUGGUCUUCGUCCUCGGCUUGCCGCUCAAUUUUGCUGUCAUCCUGCAGCUGUGGGCAACCAGACGAUCCCUGACUCGGACCAACAUCUACACACUGAACCUUGCGGUGGCCGACAUACUGUAUGUUUGCUCUCUCCCUUUACUCAUCUACAACUACGGAAGUCGAGAUUACUGGCUUGGCGAGUUGACGUGCCGAUGGAUACGCUUCCAGUUCUACAGCAACCUGCACGGCAGCAUCCUUUUCCUUACCUGCAUCAGCGUUCAGCGCUACCUCGGCAUCUGCCAUCCAUUAUCCCCAUGGCUUAGAAGAGCAGGACGAAAGCUGGCCUGGGCUGUGUGUGCCAGUGUUUGGAUCAUUGUAACAUUUCUGUGUGCACCUACGUUUGUAUUUGCAGCAACAGGCAUCCAAAGAAACCGUACCGUGUGCUACGAUUUGAGUGUGCCUGAGCGCUCAAGGCAGUACUACCCGUAUGGCAUGACUCUUACAUGCCUGGGUUUCCUGUUGCCCUUUAUGGUCAUUGUGGUGUUGUAUUGCAAGAUGGCACGGGUUCUGUUCCAACCAGAUGAUGCCAGUGGUGCGGCCGCCAAGGAGAAGAAAUGCAGAGCUGUGAGGAUGAUCGCCAUUGUGGUUCUGGUGUUUGCCGUCAGCUUUCUGCCAUUCCACGUGACCAAAACCUUGUACCUUAUAGUGAGAACCUUGCCUGACGCUCCAUGCCAUCUCAGGAACUUUUUAUCGGUGGUGUAUAAGAGUACGAGGCCCUUUGCAAGCAUGAACAGCGUGCUCGAUCCCAUCCUGUUCUACUUCACAAAACCCAAAUUUCGACGUGGCACCCGCUCCUUGCUGCUCAGGAUCACUACAUUAAGAGACAACAGCAAGCAAGAAGAAAGAACCCCACAAAGCUUACUAAACAAAAAAACAUGAAGGUUAUGAAAUAUGACAGAAUGCUUCUACCAAGGUUGAAGACCUGAGCAAGAAGAGUUGCAAAACUUUCCAAUGUUAAAACCAUUCUUGAGUGUGACUAUUCAUGAAUUAUGCAAAUAGUAAAUUUCAUCAUAUAGAAAAGUAAAAAAACAAAAACAAAAAAAAAACCCACUAUCAAUAAAAUAUAGAAAUGAAAUAUUUAAGAAAAAAAACAUUUUUUUUUUUUAUAAGAUUUUUAGUUUGCCUAAAGUGUAGUAUUAAUUCAUUAAUAUUACCUUAUUCAAUCAUUUUUACAUUGAUAUGCUGAUGUGGCAUAAAACUAUUUAAUGUUGAAUUAACCAUUUUUUUUUAAACCAAAAUCAACACAUAAUCCCAAUUUCAGUUAAUCACAGGUUUCACGAAUUGUGAAUUACACACAGUUUUUUUCUUUUAACAAUACAAAAUAUAAUAUUUUUUUACAGAAUAGAAUAUUAGAAUAGAAUAUUACAGAAUAUAAGGAAUUAUAUGAUCUAUAAUAUUUCUAAAAAAACUAUUCUCCUCAUCUAAUGUGUAUAGUACACAAAUAUUUUCUGUGAAACUGGAGAAAGUCCUUCAUUGGCUUCCAAGGUAGAAGAGAAACUGGGCAAUUUUAUUUAUAAAAUGUGAAAGUAUUAAUUAUUUUUUUAGUUAUGACACACACACUGUAUAUACAUACACACAUACACGUUUAUUAGUUGUGACACAAAAUUUAUAUAUUUAUGUGU